AUGACCUUACAGAAACCUGAAGCUCAGUCAGCCCCCAGACUGUCUCCCUCAUGUGCUCAAGUUUGGCCCCAGCUCCUCCUGAUGCUGGGGGGGUCUGUGGCACUGGGCCUCACUCCACACUGGGCCUCACUCCACACUGGGCCUCACUCCCACACUGGGCCUCCACUCCACACCUGGCGUCACUUCCACACUGGGCGUCACUCCACACUGGGCCUCACGCUACACUGGGCCUCACGCUACACUGGGCCUCACGCUAACACUGGGCCUCACUCUACACUGGGCCUCACUCUACACUGGGCCUCACUCUCCUACACUGGCCUCACUCUACACUGGGCCUCACUCUACACUGGGCCCUCACUCUACACUGGGCCUACUCCACACUGGGCCUUACUCCACACUGCUCUGACUGAAUAUGGACUCAUGGUUACACUACUGGGCCUCACUCCACACUGGGCCUCACUGCUCUGA